GGAAGGAAGGACAUUCGCAAACGCAGCAGCCACUCUGCCGGCACCAGCGAUGGGGCUGUUUGAGGCUUGAGCACCGAGCUCAGACCGGAGAAGGGCGAGAAGGGCCAACCACAGCAGGUGGAAAUCCGAUCCAGAGCCAAGGAGCGAGAAGAAAGUACCUGAGCACGGCUCCUCCUCCACCCCUUCGGCUAGCGAGAACUACUUUUACCCUCAUCGUAAAAGAGAGACUGAGGGAAGGUGAAGGCGAUCUGUUUAUUAGAAGGGCUUCAGAGAAUCCCGAACAGGGCAAGCCGCCGCCCGGUACACCGAGCAGAGCCAUCCUGGGCUUCUGAAGAUAAACCUUUUCCGGAGAAUCCCAGCUGGAGUCGCUGGUACAGUUCUAUUUUUGUAUUUAAAUAGAUAUGCUCUUUGCCUCCCCUUUUUUGUUUGUUUGUUUGGUUGGUUGGUUUGGGGGAUUUUUUUUAUUUUUAUUUUUAUUUUUUUGUUUUUUUGGAGACAGGGUUUCUCUGUAGCGGCUGACCUCGAACUCAGAGAUCCGCCCGCCUCUGCCUCCUGAGUGCCGGUCACCUCCCUUUUAAAAACACGGCCCUUUCUGGUAGCAGGAGUGACACGUGUCAGUACAGAGUGGGAAUAUUUGCUGCUCUCUCUCAUUUGCUGUCACUUUUAGAGGGUAGGCGCGCUCUCUGUUUCUGAAAAGGGCGUUUUAAUUGGGAACUCUUUUUCCACGUAUCUAUACAUUUACACGCACAAGAAGCGGUUAGAAAGAGACAGCUCCUUUUAGCUGGUGGAGAUCCGAACCCUACGGAGAAAGAUGGAAAAGGGGGCCCGACAACGAAACAACCCUGCGAAGAACCCCCCGGGUGGGAGCAGCUCAGACACCAGCCCUCAGGCCGAGGCUGACUCGGGAAGCAGCGGCGUGGCCCUGAAGAAAGAGAUCGGAUUGGUCAGCGCCUGUGGUAUCAUUGUAGGGAAUAUCAUCGGCUCUGGGAUCUUUGUCUCCCCAAAGGGUGUGCUGGAGAACGCUGGCUCCGUUGGCCUAGCUCUCAUCGUCUGGAUAGUGACGGGCAUCAUCACAGCUGUGGGAGCCCUCUGCUAUGCGGAGCUGGGUGUCACCAUCCCCAAAUCUGGAGGUGACUACUCCUAUGUCAAGGACAUCUUCGGAGGACUGGCUGGGUUCCUGCGGCUGUGGAUUGCUGUUCUGGUGAUCUACCCCACCAACCAAGCUGUCAUCGCCCUCACCUUCUCCAACUACGUGCUGCAGCCGCUCUUCCCUACCUGCUUCCCCCCGGAGUCUGGCCUGCGCCUCCUGGCUGCCAUCUGCUUGUUGCUGCUGACUUGGGUCAACUGCUCCAGUGUCCGCUGGGCCACCCGGGUUCAAGACAUCUUCACUGCUGGGAAGCUCCUGGCCCUGGCCCUGAUCAUUAUCAUGGGCGUUGUGCAGAUAUGCAAAGGAGAAUUCUUUUGGUUGGAGCCAAAGAAUGCAUUUGAGAAUUUUCAAGAACCUGACAUCGGCCUCAUCGCUCUGGCUUUCCUCCAGGGCUCCUUUGCCUAUGGAGGCUGGAAUUUUCUUAAUUACGUGACUGAGGAACUUGUGGAUCCUUACAAGAACCUUCCCAGAGCCAUCUUCAUCUCCAUCCCACUGGUCACAUUUGUGUAUGUCUUUGCCAAUGUCGCGUAUGUCACUGCAAUGUCCCCCCAGGAGCUGCUGGCCUCAAAUGCAGUCGCCGUGACUUUUGGAGAGAAGCUUCUGGGGGUCAUGGCCUGGAUCAUGCCCAUCUCUGUUGCCUUGUCCACAUUUGGAGGCGUCAAUGGCUCGCUCUUCACCUCCUCCAGGCUGUUCUUUGCUGGAGCCAGAGAAGGCCACCUUCCCAGCGUGUUGGCCAUGAUCCACGUGAAGCGCUGCACCCCAAUCCCAGCGCUGCUCUUCACAUGCCUCUCCACACUGCUGAUGCUGGUCACCAGUGACAUGUACACACUCAUCAACUACGUGGGCUUCAUCAACUACCUCUUCUACGGGGUUACAGUUGCAGGGCAGAUAGUCCUUCGCUGGAAGAAGCCGGACAUCCCCCGCCCCAUCAAGAUCAAUUUGCUGUUUCCCAUCAUAUAUCUGCUGUUCUGGGCCUUCCUGCUGAUCUUCAGCCUGUGGUCGGAGCCAGUGGUGUGCGGCAUUGGCCUGGCUAUCAUGCUGACGGGAGUACCUGUCUAUUUCCUGGGUGUCUACUGGCAACACAAACCCAAGUGUUUCAAUGACUUCAUUGAGUCACUAACCCUAGUGAGUCAGAAGAUGUGUGUGGUCGUGUAUCCCCAGGUGGAUGGGGACUCGGGGGCAGGGGAAGCAACCGAUGACAUGGAGGAACAGCAGAAGCCCAUCUUCCAGCCUACUCCUGUCAAGGACCAGGACUCAGAGGAACAGCCCUAGCCCUGAGGACUGCUGUCCCUUUAACUGACCACUCCCCACUUCAUCCUCUCUGCCCUGCAUCCCUGCCUAUGUCCCCCUAACACACACACACACACCUAUACUUCUGUCAGGCAGGGCCAAGUCCUGGGUGUCCUCAGUGACACGUUCUAAACAAAGACACUGACCUUUGUACCCAAAGAACCCACUUCCGGUCCCAAGGCCCAUGGUCGAGGUCAGUGCACCAGGGCCUGCAGGCACUCCAAGGGUUAGAGGAGACUGGAGGUGCCAUGGGUACCCUGCAGGACUCUUCCUCCUGGGCCCAUGCCCUUCCGGUGCCUCUAAGAAACCCGGGUUCACUGCUGCUGCUUCUCCCUAGUUCUGAGCCCAGGUGAAGCUUCAAUUGGGAAGGAGGUGGCAGCACAGUGGGCUGCUGGGGAAGGCAAAGCAAACACAAGUGUCACCACUCACCGUCUUCUGGAGAGACCGAAAUGCCUCUUCACUCACCGGGGACCCUGUACCUACCACUCACUCCACUGCCCAGCCUAGGCCCCCUGCUGAGAAACUUCCCUUUCAGGAUGCCUCCUCCCUACUGAGCUAAGGACCAAGAAGAAGGACCACCCUAUCCCCAGCUCUAAGCCAAGCUUGUGAAAUACAUAGGGGUAGGCUCAGACUGCAGAAGCCAAGCCCUAACCCUAACCCUGCCCCUGCUUCUGCCUCCUGUCUCCUUGUGGUGCCAAAGUUCCCUGAAGCCAGAAAGGCUUCUUACAUUCAGUCGAAUAGAUAUAUAUAUCUCUCUCUUAAGGGCAAAGCGACUCAGCCACCCCCACUGGCCCCCUGAGCAUCCCAGCCGCUCUUCUCACCCACAGCACUGCCGGCCACCCUUGCGCUUUUUCUUCCCUGGACCUUGGCUCAAGGACCAGGCAGGAAGGAUCCCCAAGCCCUUCAGGCCUGAGAUUCAGAGUCAAACCAGCCUUAAGUCAUCUCCCCUCCAAAAACUGAGCCUAAAAAUGCUCCCUAGUUCUAUCCUUCAGGACAGACUUGGUGUUAAAUGCCUCCCCUGGAAGGAAGGGUGCUUCUCCCUCCCUAGAGAUGCUCAGCCCUCAUCCUGGGGAGACCCUGUUGCUGGGGGAGUGUUUUCUGAAGGCUGGUUCCUCUCCCCUCCCCCAACUCAAAUGAUCCCACCACCAUCCUGCCAUCCCUUUUGGGACAAGAUGGAAGGGCAGUGACAGAAUGCCACUCCCUUUGGAGAGCUCAGAAAAGUCCCUUCCACGAGACCUACCGACCUGUGCUCUACGGGAAGAUAACAGUGUUUGCCUUGUCCUGGCAGCCUCCGUACCUGCUGUGCCAAGGACCCCACGCCCCAUUCCAUCUACUUAAACUGGAAUACCCCAGGGCCUUUUCCUGACUUCUCACCUAGCUCACCUGACCCCUAACUGGUGAGAGGCUAGGUUUGGGCUGAUUAUGGUCCUUCAGAGUGCAGUCCAGGCAGGCUGUGGGGCCUCUGGGGGACCAGGGACCAUCCCUCCAUCCAUUUCUUCUCAUUCCUUCAGCCUCUACCCACCCCCUCCUUGAAUUAUUAUCUUUUUUUUAAGUGGAUGCCUUACUUUUUUGGAUAAAUAUUUUUGAACUUGGCAUUUCUAUUUCUUUUAAAUUUUUUAAUGUAUGGUGGUUUCGGGGGGCAGAGCUAGUCCCUUAAUAAUCUGUCACUGAGUUCAUUUAGGUCUUACGUUUUCUUGGUUUGUUUUGUGGAGUGUUUUCAAGUAAUAAACUUUUAAAUGGAAAUGAAACAACAAUGUUAAUCAGAUGACUGCGGGCCGGUGGUGGCGUGCUGCAGAGGCUGGCAGAGCUCUGAGGGUCGAGGCCAGCCUGGCCCGCAGUAGAUCGAGUUCCAGGAUAGUCUGGGAUACGUAGAGAAAACCUGUCUCAAAAAAGGGAAAAAAAAUCAGAUGACUUCUGAAUCAGAGUCAGUGGACAUUUUUUCUUAAUCUAGAACUCUUUGGUUGCCAGGUUCCUCUGAGACUUUGUUCCUAAAAGUCUCGGUUACCACACUUUGAGCUGCCCAGUAAAUACGGAGCCUAUAGCUUCUUCCAGUAACUACCUCUUGUCCCUUCUGUGGCGUCCUGCAGGUCUGCGGGGUUCCCGCUCCAUGCACCGUGCUGAAAUCCUACAACAGGAAGUAAAGCUCAUCACUCCCCAACAUCCAGACAGGCCAGGGACCAGCACCAGGCCAAGAUGGGGGUGACACCCCAAAGCCUGGGAGUAAAGGCUCUAUGGCACUGUGGAAACAGCCCGUAGGGGGUCCGGGAGCCUGUGGAAGAUGAGGCUUGUUCACCCAGCUAAGCAGAAGCUCCUGUGAGCUUAGUCACUGGAAGGAGGAUAGAAGAUUGGGCCAGGACUAGAAAAGGAGAGGAGUUAAGGUCAGCUUGUGUGCUUACUUGGAAAUUUUUUUUACAUUUAUGUGUGUGUGUGUGUGUGCGCACACACGUGCACACGCACACAUGCACGUGUGUGCCACAGCACUUGGGUGGAGGAGUGCAUCUUGCAGGAGUUCUUUCUUUGAACCAUGUGCAUCUCAGGGAUCUAACUUGAGUUAAGAUUGGCAGCUAGUGCCAGGCGGUGGUGGUGCACGCCUUUAAUCCUAGCACUUGGGAGGCAGAGACCAGCCUGGUCUACAAGAGCUAGUUCCAGGACAGGCUCCAAAACCACAGAGAAAUCCUGUCUCGAAAAACCAAAAAAAAANAAA